AUGAGCAGUAGGAAGGGGGGCCCAAAAGCUGCAUCGAAGAAGGGGCAGACAGCACCUGCUGGACCGAAGCCACGAGCUGCAGCCGGGAGACCAGGAGAGAGCAGCCAGCCCCAGAAGAAGGCAGGCCGGCAGGCAAAGGAGCCCGAGAGCCCCGAGGCUCCUGCAGGGCCCACGGCCGAGGACCGGGCAGCCACGCUCAUCCAGUGCGCCUUCCGGCAGCACCUGGCCCGGAGGGCGCUGGGCCUCCGUCGGCAGGAGCGCCGGGAGUACCUGGAGGAGAUGGAGAAGCUGCAGCGGGAAGCCUACCUGGCCGUGGUGCGCCGGGAGCAGGAGGCGGCGCGGCGGCAGCGCGAGCAGGAGGAGGCGGCGGAGCGCGCGCGGCGGGAGGAGCUGCAGCGCCGCCGCCGCCUGCUGGAAGCCGCCUUCGAUGGCGACCUGAACGAGAUCCAGGCCGUGCUGAAGGAGGUGGAGCAGCUGCUCACCCGCGAGGGCGUGGGCCACGACGAGGCGGGCAAGGCCAAGCGGCUGCUGCGGCGCGUGGCCUUGGUGGAGUGCGAGGACAGCCACGGGAACACGCCGCUGUCCGAGGCGGCCGCGGGCGGGCAGCCCUUGGCCAUCCAGCUGCUGGCGGAGCUCGGCGCCAGCCCCAACAGCAAGGGCGCCUUCGGCCGGUCCCCGUUGUACCGCGCGGCCUUCGGGGGCCAUCUGGAAGCCGUGGAGGUGCUUCUGAAGCUGGGCGCGGACCCGCGGGUGUACGCGGAGGACGGGAGCACCCCAGCGCAGGUGGCCUCCCUGGACACGGUGGUCAGUGUGCUGCGGUCGUGGGAUCUGAGCCUCACGGAAGCCAUGCUCCAGAACAUGGAGGCCGAGCGGCAGCGCAGGGACCAGGAAGCCCGGAAGCACAAGGAGGCUGAGGCCAAGCGAAUAAAUGUCAAGGUGCAGCAGCUGGCCAAGGAGCAGCAGCGGUGUCACAAGGAGCUACAGCAGGCCUACUGUGAACUCAACCGGAGGAUCACGGAACACGAUAAGUGUGAGCGGAAGCACAUGGGCAAGACAGAGCUCACGCUGCAGGCGAUCAAGGACGCGGAGGCCCAGGUGGACUGGCUGCGGCAGGAGGCCCAGAAGGCCGAGGAGACACUGGCCAUGGCCAGGCUGGAGCUUCGGGAGCAGAUACAGGAGGAGGAGGAGGAGGUGCCGGGGCUGAGGUGCCGCGUGAGCGAGCUCCACGACGUGCUCAUGAAGGACGUGGGUGACCGCAUCCUCGCCGAUGGCCGGUGGCCUCUCAUCAUCGACCCUUCAGGACAGGCGGCCACCUUCCUGCGCUACCAGGACACCAACUACGUGGACACCGUGAACCCCGAGCACCUGAGGCCCGAGAGGAUCCGGCUGGCUCUGCUGGGGGCGCUCAGGUACGGGAAGCCGCUGGUGUUUGACCUGCGGGAGAUGGACCUGUUCCCCGUGGUGCAGCAGCAGCUGGAGGCCGUGCAGCCGGGGCUGGCGCAGGCGCUGCUGAGCCGGGAGUGGCUGGCGCAGGAGCGGUACCUGGAGCUGCUGCGGCCGGCCGACGGCCCCGAGUAUGAGCCGUCUCAGUUCCAGGCGGCGCGCCUGGCCCACUUCCGCCUCUUCGUAGUCACCCGGCUGCAGUGGCCGCCGGCGGAGCAGCUGCAGCUGCUGCUCCCCGUGCGGGUGCAGCUGCCCAGCCCAGGCCUCCUGUUGUCUGGCCAAUGA